CGUACUUUCUUUAAGCAGGGGCACCCAACGGCAAUUUUCGGGAAAAUAUCUGUUCGGAAGACGAUUUGAGAUCUAGAAUUUUCGGAGCAUUUGUUGUAAACUUUCUUGCUUGCCUGCCUCUCCUAGGAUUUUCGAACAUCUACAAAAUGGUAUAAUUACCCAUUUUUAACGGAUUUUGACCCUAAAAAAGGCCACCUGGAAUUUUCGGGAGCCUUUUCCUGGCUAAAAUUUUCGAGAAGGUAAGUUUUUAUCCCUAUAAUUUUCGGAUCACUAGACUUUCAGCUAGGAAAUCCGAACAGAUGAAAAGUUUUUAGGAGAUAAAAAUAUGCCUAUAUCUACCGUUUGAAUACUAAAAUACGUUCAACAAUGCUAUGUUAAGUGGUUUUGAACUAUAUCCUCGUUGGGUGCCCCUGUUUAAGUAAACGUUAAAAAUUUUAACCACAGCCAUUGCCGUAUGAUAUGCAAAAGUUUUGUUAGUCAUAAGUUUUAAAGCUGAUUUAAACUGAUUUAAACUCUUGACGUGUCGUCAGCUUCGACAUAAAAUGCCCUGCACAUGCUGUUGUUUAGCUAUAAGUUUUAAGAAGUAAUGUUGUGACAAGGUUCUGGCGAUUGUGGUGCGAGUUCUUUUCACCAAGACGAAAAAGGAAUUUUAGAAAGCAAUCGCAAAACCGCUUCCCGCAGGAAAACUGUAUUGCUAUUAGCUAUGGAGCAUAUCUCUUACAACGAAACGUUUGAUUUCGUGUCUGGACUCAAGCUAUAUUUGAAACUGAAAACUGAACGACACUGAAACUGAAAAUUGUGCGUACGUCAUCUCAGCAAAAUAGAUAUAAAGGAGUAAUCCUAUAAAUAAAAGCUACUCCAGUGUUCGGCGUCAAUUGUACUUAAACUAACUUAAAUUAUAUUGCGAAUGAUUUUUACUUAAAGCAAGUGUUUUUGACCGGAAGUUGUUGCGUAUUGCUAAAAAUAGCCCUAGAUUUCAAGAUGCAUUCUUUUCUCGGUGUAUGUUCAUUUGAAUUUCAGAGUACGUGUAAUGAAAAAGUUCUCUUUUCUUAUGGUGUAUAUAUGUUCACAAAAUAACGAAGUCCAUUCUUAACCGGUGUUUCCACGGAAGUCAGAAUACUAUUGCAGUUUUGAUGCACUAAAAGAGUGUUUGAUGUUUUAUCAAAGUCUGUUUGAGAAGUCAAAAAUUUUCAGUACAAGUACUAAAGUUACCAUCAUCACCCUGGGGCCACAGAGAUGGAAAAAGAUGGCCUGUUCCUGGCUCCAAGAUAGUCGGUUCUGCGAAAUAGAAAAGGUGCAAACACGAAAAUAAAACGAGAGGAAACUG